AUGGUUGUUCUCAGCACUCAACUUGUUCUUCCCCUAUUGCACCACCAGGGGGAGUUCCUCAACUAUGACAUCCUAAUAGGAGUGAACCAAGGCGAGGGGCUGAAGUUUGUGGAUGACAGCGAGGACAACGGACAACAGAUCAGCCUGCAAACCCCUCACAGCGGGCCACAGUCAAAAUACAGACACAUUUUGAUAAUGCAGUCACGCUUCCUCUCAAGCAAAGACAUCCUGAGGGAGACCAUUAAAUUCAUGUACACCGACUGGGCAGACAGGGACAAUGGCGACAUGCGAAGGAAGACCCUCUUAGCUCUGUUUACAGACCACCAGUGGGUGCCACCGGCAGUGGCCAAGGCUAAACUCCAUGCCGAGUUUCAGUCUCCGGUUUACUUUUACACGUUCUACCACCACUGCCAGACAGAGACGCGACCCGAAUGGGCCGAUGCCGCCCAUGGAGACGAGAUACCGUAUGAGUUUGGCGUACCCAUGAUCGGUGCUACGGAUCUGUUUCCGUGCAACUUCUCGAAGAAUGACGUGAUGCUGAGCGCUGUGGUCAUGACUUACUGGACCAACUUCGCCAAGACUGGGGACCCCAACCUGCCAGUCCCCCAGGACACCAAGUUCAUUCACACCAAGCCCAACCGCUUUGAAGAGGUCAUCUGGACCAAGUUCAACUUGAAGGACAAGCAGUAUCUUCACACUUCCUCUCCGGCAGGCCCUGGCCCAGGCACCCACAGGCCUUUGCCUCACUUUACUACAAGCGUGACAAGCGGCACGAGAUGCGACGCCACCGGCUGUCUCCUCAACGGGGCGGGCCUGCCUGCCUCCACCACCAGGGUACAGUAG